AUGGGGGCCCCCGCCGCUCUGCCCCUGCUCCUGCUUUUCGCCUGCUGCUGGGCGCCCGCCGGGGCCAACCUCUCCCAGGACGGCUACUGGCAGGAGCAGGACUUGGAGCUGGGAACUCUGGCUCCACUCGACGAGGCCAUCAGCUCCACAGUCUGGAGUAGCCCUGAAAUGCUGGCCAGUCAAGACAGUCAGCCCUGGACAUCUGACGAAACAGUGGUGGCUGGUGGCACCGUGGUUCUCAAGUGCCAAGUGAAAGAUCAUGAGGACUCAUCCCUACAGUGGUCUAACCCUGCCCAGCAGACUCUCUACUUUGGGGAGAAGAGAGCCCUUCGAGAUAAUCGGAUUCAGCUGGUUAGCUCGACUCCCCAUGAGCUCAGCAUCAGCAUCAGCAACGUGGCCCUGGCAGACGAGGGCGAGUACACCUGCUCCAUCUUCACCAUGCCUGUGAGAACCGCCAAGUCCCUCGUCACUGUGCUCGGAAUCCCACAGAAGCCUAUAAUCACUGGUUACAAAUCGUCAUUACGGGAAAAGGAGACAACCACCCUAAACUGUCAGUCUUCUGGGAGCAAACCUGCAGCCCAGCUCACCUGGAGGAAGGGUGACCAAGAACUCCAUGGAGAACCUACCCGAAUACAGGAAGAUCCCAAUGGUAAAACCUUCACUGUGAGCAGCUCAGUGACAUUCCAGGUCACCCGGGAGGAUGAUGGAGCAAACAUCGUGUGCUCUGUGAACCAUGAAUCUCUAAAGGGAGCUGACAGAUCCACCUCUCAACGCAUUGAAGUUUUAUACACACCAACCGUGAUGAUUAGGCCAGACCCUCCACAUCCCCGAGAGGGCCAGAAGCUGUUGCUACACUGUGAGGGCCAUGGCAAUCCAGUCCCCCAGCAGUACCUAUGGGAGAAGGAGGGCAGUGUGCCACCCCUGAAGAUGACCCAGGAGAGCGCCUUGAUCUUCCCCUUCCUCAACAAGAGUGACAGUGGCACCUACGGCUGCACAGCCACCAGCAACAUGGGCAGCCAAAAGGCCUACUACACUCUCAAUGUUAACGACCCCAGUCCGGUGCCCUCAUCCUCCAGCACCUAUCACGCCAUCAUUGGUGGGAUUGUGGCUUUCAUCGUCUUCCUGCUGCUCAUCCUGCUCAUCUUCCUUGGCCACUACUUGAUCCGGCACAAAGGAACCUACCUGACACACGAGGCUAAAGGCUCGGAUGACGCCCCAGACGCUGACACGGCCAUCAUCAAUGCAGAAGGCGGGCAGUCAGGCGGGGAGGACAAGAAGGAAUAUUUCAUCUAGGGGCGCCCGCCCACCUCCUGCUCAUCCCACAGGCCCCAUGGGGACUGCUGGGGCCGUCACCAACC